AUGUUGUUCAAAGCAGUUAUUUAUUUGUUAAUUAUAAUAAAUAUAAAUAUAAACGCGUACAUUAAUAAUAAUAAAAUAGAAUCAUUAUCAACAGAAGAACAAAUUAAAUAUUAUGAACAAUUAAUUGACAAAAAAAAUGGAAAAAGUUUUUGGUAUCAAGUAGAUGAAAAUGCUGAGAGAUACAAAGCAGAUGCAUCACAAGUUAAAGAAUUUGGAGAUUUUGACUUUAUAAUUGUUGGGUCCGGAGCCGCAGGUUCAGUUCUGGCUAAAAGAUUGAGUGAAGUUCCGGAAUGGAAGAUUCUGCUAAUAGAAGCCGGAGAUUUACCGGACGAAAGUACCCGUAUGCCAGCCUUGGGCGUAGCAAAUUUGGCUUCAGAUUAUAACUGGGGUUUCUUCAGUGUUCCACAAAAAAAUGGAUGUCAAGGAUAUCAAGGAAAGAGAUGCAACAUGGCAAGAGGCAGAGGUGUAGGAGGUACCACCUUGAUAAACGGCGCCAUGUUGUCCAGGUCCAACCACAAAGAUCUAGACCAGCUAAACGCAAUUGUCGAAGGCUGGUCCUACAAGGAUAUGCUGCCUUACAUGUUGAAAUUCGAGAACCAUACUAAAACCAGAGACGAUGCCCCGUCAAAUCCCGACUAUCACAAUACCAAAGGAGAAAUGCCCUCGCAAUUCAACUCGAUCAACAAUAGUAGAACUCAUGCUUUCUAUAAGGGAUGUCAGCAGUUGGGAUACAACUAUACUGAUUACAACAGUGGCGGACAAGUGGGGUGUUCUCCCGUACAGUUUUAUAUUAAUAACGGAAGAAGAGUUGAUGCCGGAUCUGCCUUCGUCUUGCCCAUUAUGGAUAAACCCAACUUUAAACUAAUGACCAACAGUUUGGCAAUUAAAAUAAAAAUUGACCCUGCCUCAAAAAUCGCUGAGGGUGUUUAUUUUUCUUACAAAAACCAAAUCUACUAUGCUGGGGCACGUAAGGAAGUUAUUUUAUCGGCAGGUGCUAUUCAAUCUCCACAACUUCUAAUGCUUUCUGGUAUGGGACCUAAAGAACACUUAGAUAGUGUGGGAAUUAGGACGCUCUUUGACUUGCCAGUUGGCAAAAAUUUAAGGGAUCACCAUAGUAUGACUUUCGUAGCACAACAUAAUCAAACAGAUGACAACUACAAGUCUCCAAGAGAAGAUAUCGAAGAUUACAUUAACGGUCAUGGUAGACUAACGAGUGAUCAAGCAAUAGCAUCUGUAAUUUGGUUUCCUACCAAGAUUCAGGAAGAUAAAACUCACCCUGAUACAGAGUAUAUUAUAAUGCCUUACUUCUCGACAACUACCACAAUUAAUAACACCCCUCGUUAUACAUUUGCAAGCAUUUUGGCUCAGGUUUUGGGGGUUGAUUUAAGAUUUCCAUUUAUGUUGGGAGUUUUUAUUAACCUGAAGACCAAGUCAGUUGGUAGUGUGACGCUGAAAAGUAGCAGCCCCUACGAUUAUCCCCUGAUAGAUCCCAACAUAUUUGGUAAUCAAGAUGAUCUGGAACACUUGUAUCAAACUUACUUGGGAGUACAAGAACAUUUUAAUACGCCCGCAAUGAAGGCAAUUGGAGCUCAUAUGGCUAAACUCAGCGUUUCAAAAUGCAAUAAAUUUAAUGAAAAAUCUAGGAAGUAUUGGUACUGCAUUUUGAGACAUCUCGCUUUUCCUACAUACCACCCCAUUGGUACUUGUUCUAUGGGCACUGACCCUAAAAAAUCCGUGACCGAUAAAGACAUGAAGGUGCACCAUUUCAAUAAUCUAAGAGUUUGUGAUGCCAGUAUUUUCCCUUUCACACAUAGCAACAAUCCUGUUGUUAUUAUCAUGGCUGCAGCAGAAAAGUUGGCCGAUACUAUCAAGCAAUCUUAUCUAUAUAAAGCUUAAAUAAAAAUCUUAUUAA